CUUAUAUCAUUGUAGUAUCAUUAGCCGUUUUUCUUAACUGUGCAAAUUUUCAAACAUGGUCGUGAUAAACGACCAGUAUAUGAACGAGGAGGACUCGACGAACGCGAUCACCAUUGCUGACACUGAACAAUCUAUCCCUAUUCCAAUAGUUGAAGAACCAGAUAUGACUACCUGGUUAUCGGAAAAUGUUCCAGAGUCAUCACUGCCAACCGCCGUAUCGGUUGAAACAGAACCUAUAUUAUCCAAUGAAAAUGAUGAUACUCGUUUGUCAAUUGCGUCAAACAAUACGGUUAACGAUACAUCGAUAAAAGUGUAUACGGAGUUUGAAAUGAAAAAGGAACGCUUAAUGUGGCAAAAUAAAAUUGAUAAAAUAAAAAAAGAGGAACAAGAGAUGUAUAAAUCGAUUUUCAAUGAAUGCAGAGACAAUUGUGUGCUGACCUUAGAGAAUUAUAAAGAAGAGUCUGAAGAAAGAGAAUCUAAACUCAAAAAACAUAUCGACGAGUUAAAACAAGACAUCGUAACUAUAAAACAUUACUUUAUACGUUACACAUACAGCAUACAGCAAUCUGGCAUAAAGGAUCUCGAAAUAUUGGUAAUAACACAAAUAAAAAAAAACGAUAUGCCACAAUAUGAAAUGAAUUAUUACGGUUUCCGUCGUCAACUGAACAGUAUGCUAGACGCCGUAAAGAAAAAGACCAACAUGUCGAACGGUGAUCGUGUCGAGUUAUGGUUUUUGUCUUACAAUGCUGUACAAGAUUUCAAAAAUUGCAAGUCAUAUAUUUAUGAAAGGGCAGAAGAGAAUCGAAUACAAUUGAAGAUGAAUGGUAAUAACAUAAUUGGGUUAAAUUCAUCUAAUUUCGACAUCGUCGAAUCGAUACGUGAUUUUGGAGAGUCUGCGGGCAUGAUCGAACUCAAUAAGAAUAUCUUACAAACCGUUAUAGAAAUGUCCGGAAAACAAAUAAGAACCGACAGCGAUCGAGCCAAAAUUGAACGGAUGAAGGAAGUCAUCAGGGAAGAGUCUGAUGAAAUGAUUAAGGACAUAUACAAAUAUACAAUACCACAUUAUUACCUAAGCUAGAUGAUUAAAAUAAUAAAACUAUUAUACAUAUUUUAUAUAUUUUAAUCUUUAUUAUAUAAUUUCUAUCUCUUUAUGUAUAUGUUUGAAAUACGUCCGUAAAUAUUUUUUAUAAUAUGCAAAAAAAAUCAUAUAUAAAAAUUAAACAUUGUAUUACCUAUAAAAAAAAAUAUAAAAAAUAUGAAUAAAUACAUAAUUAAUACUUCUGUUUAAAAAGAAUAUAAAAUAUACAACUGUGUGUUUAUUUUAUUGUUAUUAGCAUAAGGCUAUUAUUUUUUAUUGUUAAAAUUAAUUUAUUAAAUGAUAUUCAAGUUUUUUCUGAUUAAACCGUGCCGUAUGUUAACAAAUUUAAUGAUUAUACAUCGAAAAUCAUAUACAUCUACGAAAGUUAUUUAAGCAAAUUUAAAAGAGCUUAAAAUCAUUGGGUCUUGAUUGGGUUUUCGUUUAAUUAAACCGCUUCCGCUUUCUUUGAUAUUACUAUGUAAUACCUUAAACUGUAGGUACUAACGCCUUUGACGAUAAUAUCGUAAAUUAUAGAAAAUCAAACGGAAUAUUAAA